CCUACUACUCUCACUUACAAUAUCCUUAUGAACAGCUUGUGUGAGGCCGGACAACUUGAAGAUGCAGCAAAAAUCUUCUCUGAUCUUGUGUCAAAGGGCCUGCAACCGAAUUGUAAAAUAUACACUACAAUGAUUAAAGGCUUCUGCAGGAAAGGGCUCAUGGAGUGAAGCUGCUCAAUUAUUAAGGAAAAUGGACGAAGAUGGUUGCCCCCCCUGAUGGUUGUACCUAUAAUAUGAUCAUCCGAUGAUAUAUUCUCAAUAAUUUCUAAAGGAGUAUGAUUAGUAUCUAUCAGAAUUUGUUUUUUUCUUUGAAUUUUCUAUGAAAAUCUUGUCUUUAACUGAUGGUUUAUUUUAGACCACUAAAUUCAUGGUGAGUGGAUAAGGCAAUAGUGUCUUCUGAAAAUGAUAUUGAUCAGCCUUUGUUUCCUUUACUUUUCAGUUUUUAGGAAGCAAACUCAAAGAGAGAAGUAGUUCAAUUUGUAAAUGGACCAUUUGCAGUUUCGCUGGAUAAAGAAUACAAAUUUGAAGACCUUUAAUUGGUAAGAUUCUCAUCAUCUACCCCUUUACCUAUAUACUUAGUACUUUCAUAAUCAUGUGGGCAUUCUCCACCCAGAGUCCAUUUUACACUAAGCUAAAUAAUGUACUCGUAAAAUCCUUUGACUUUAGAUAAUUAUAGAGUAUAUGACAGUGGCUUAUUAAACAGCCUAUCCUUUUUUAUCUUUCAAAAUGUAGCAAACUGUCAUUGUCUAAUUACUAAGCCUAUGUUUCUUCUCUAUUUGUUAUCACAAUGGUAUUGCUUUAUGGAUUUGAGUCUUUGACUCUCCUAUCCACCUUGGGUGGGAGUCUCUUUAGAUAGAUUACGUAACAUUGCUGCCUAUGUCACCUUUGGCAGGAGUCAUUAUAGAUAGAUCACGCACAGUUGACACCCACUGUUGACGUCAAUGUGUUGCAUUUUCCGUUCACUGCAUAUUGUAUUAAGUGUUUUGUAGGGUAGCAUCAGCUUCUUGUUUUUUAAUAUAAUAUUUUCUUCCUUAUUUGGGAAGUAUUAGUAGAUCAUGAAAUUGGUGAGAGAAAUGUUUCUUCUGAGAAUAUUAAAAUCCUUAGGAAUAUUCUUCUUUACGAUAUGGCAUUUGCUUGGUUUUCCAUGUCUUGUGUGUGCCUCAUUGUUGCAAACACAAGCAACCACCAUGCUCACUGCUGCCAAUACUACACUGCCUGGAUGCCCGCGUAAGUGUGGGAACGUGACAAUCCCCUACCCUUUUGGCAUUGGGAGGAGCUGCUCCUUGGGGUAUAAUUACGUUGUAGUUUGUGACACUGAAAAGAAUUUCUCUGUACCUAGAAUUUCUGGUAGACAGAUUCUUGAUAUAUCCGAGACCCAGAUUACAGUUAUAGAUGGCCGUGUUGCUUCUUCUUGCAAUUUUGCUGAAGAAGGAUCAGGUGAAGAUGGCACCUGGUCUAAUGUUGAUCUGACAGGCCAACCCUAUUCUUUGUCAUCUGCCUCCAACAUCUUUGUGGUCACUGGUUGCCGUCAUUAUGGAUUGAUUGAGGCACAAACAACUACUGGCCGAGAAGUUGCUAGCUGUGUUGCCUUGUGUACUAGAGAAGAGGACUUACGUAACAAGAUGUGCUCGGGCAUUGGCUGCUGUGAGGCUCCCAUUCCAAAGGGCUUAAAGUUCUGGAAUAUUAGCCUAGAGAAUAUAUAUUACAACACAAGUGUUUCAUCAGGGAAUUGCAGCUAUGCCUACAUACUUGAAAAGUCGACCUUUUACUUUCUGGGGCUGCAGGGCCAGGACUCGGGAUAUCUGAAAAGUGUGCCUGUAGUGCUUGACUGGUUUAUUCCCAAUGAACGGUGCAAGGAUGCUCAGAAGAACUCAACUACUUAUGCAUGCCAACAGAAUACAAAUUGCAUUGAUCUUGGGCGUGCUCUAAAUGUCAUAGGCUAUCGCUGCAAAUGUCUACAUGGGUAUCAGGGAAAUCCUUAUCUUAGUCCGGGUUGUAUAGAAAUUGACGAGUGUGCAGGGGUGAAUAAUCCUUGUUCAAGCAUUUGUGUCAACACUCAAGGAAACUAUGAGUGUUACUGCCCAAGUGGGUUUUAUGGUGAUGGCAGGAAGGAUGGUACUGGCUGUCGUUCUAACAGCUUGAAGUUGAUCUUAGUUCUUGGACUUGGCUUGGGUUUGGGAUCUAUUCUUCUCUUGCUCAGUGGGUUUUGGCUUUUCAUUAUAGCUAGAAGAAGAAGAAACAGGAUGCAAAGAGCCAAAUGCUUUAAACAAAAUGGUGGUUUGUUAUUACAGCAAAAGAUGUGGUCCAAGGAUGGUAUGAUAGAAAAAACAAGAAUUUUCACUGCUGAUGAACUAGAGAAAGCCACUGAUGGCUUCAAUGAGAACAGAGUGCUGGGUCAGGGAGGUCAAGGUAAAGUUUAUAAAGGUAUGUUGAGUGAUGGAAAUGUGGUUGCCAUAAAGAAAUCUAAUAUUGGAAACAGCAAUGGGUUGAGUCAAUUCAUCAAUGAAGUGGUUAUUUUAUCAGAAAUCAAUCACAGAAAUAUUGUCAACCUGUUGGGAUGUUGUUUGGAAACAGAAGUCCCACUGCUAGUUUAUGAAUUCAUUCCAAAUGGAGCUCUCUCAAAAUAUAUACAUGGUCCUAGUGAGGAUUUCCCGAUUACAUGGGAAAUGCGUUUACAAAUUGCUAUAGAUGUCGCAGGUGCACUCACUUAUCUACACUCAGCGUCCUCUAAGCCUGUCUUUCACAGAGAUGUAAAAACUUCCAACAUACUUCUUGAUGCGAAAUAUAGAGCAAAAUUAUCAGAUUUUGGGACAUCAAGAUCUGUUGGUGUUGAUCAAACUCAUUUAACCACUCGUAUUCAAGGUACUUUUGGUUAUCUAGAUCCUGAGUAUUUCCGGUCAAAUCAAUUUACAGAUAAGAGUGAUGUUUAUGGUUUUGGAGUUGUUCUUGUAGAGCUCUUGACAGGAAAGAGAGCUGUUAUUCCCACCGAAUCUCAUAACGGAAGAAGUCUUGUGUCAUAUUUUCUGUCAACUAUGGAAAAUUCCAAUUUGUAUGAUAUUUUGGAUGCUCAAGUCGCUAAGGAGGGCAGAGAAGAAGCUAUAUUUGCUGUUUCUAACCUUGCUAAAAGAUGUGUGAACAUCGAUGGUAAGCAAAGACCAACAAUGAGAGAAGCUGCUUUAGAGUUGGAGGUGAUCAGUCAACUUCGUCAUGCUCCUGUUUCAACUCAAAAAAAUCAGCCAGAGGUCACUGCAGAGACAUUAACAGAGAUUAAUUAUAGUCUAAGUGAUAGUCUUGUGCCUCCAGACACAUCUUAUAUGGAAGAAAAUUGGUCUUUUCCCUCCACAGGCUCUAGAAUUCAACAUGAAACUCAUGACGGGGCAUGAUUUUUUCUGAACUCUGGUUUUGACAACCAGAAUCUUCUAUGCUCUUAUUGUCUUGAACUUAUAUAUGUUAGGUCAGAAAACGUGCAUGUUUCACAUCCAAACAAUUCUCCCGAAAUGAGCUUCAAUUUUACAGAAAUCAAAGUGAGUGCAAGAUACUGUCUAUUGCAUCCUACACAUAAGAACAUUGCUCAUUACCUUGAAUUAGGUCUGCCUCUUCAACUUUUCCAUCAACACCCCUAGAUCAAGAAGUGAUUACAACAUCACUGUUGUAAACGCUGCCCUAGUUAAUAAGGUAGCUAGUAAUUUGUAUGGAUCUUGUUCUGCCUACAAUUUUUUUUCUUCUGAUUUUGGGUUAAGCUUUCAACUUUCCGUGUUAGUUUUAUAAUAUAAUUCCUGUUACUAUGUGUAUAUCCGAUUCUUUUUAAUACUACUGGUAUUUGUGAGCAGUAUGACUAAUGAUCACUUGAUCACUCUUGUAUUUUCUUGUAAAAUUAUGAUAUUCCGUUUCAUU